AUGAAACAUUCAAUAGUUCAUCCUAUCUAUUUUGUACUAUUAAGAUUUUUUGCAGUCUUAUUAGCCUUAACUAUUAUAUUUUACUUACUUAAUAUAAUAAUUUUCAACAUCAUAUCUUCAGUAUAUCCAUUGAUAGAAGUAAUACCAAAGCCUAAACAACCACCACAAAGUUCACCAAAUUCUCCGAAAUUUUACGGAAAUAAACUAGACAUUAGUGAACUUAAUCCAAAGAAUAAUCUAUUUUCUCGUGCAAGAUCAAAUUCACCAUUUGCAGAAGAUUCAGAUUACGAUUACGAUUACGAUAGUGAAACUCAAGAUAAUUUUAAUCCAUCAUUUGUUGUUCCUAAAGAAUUUUAUAGUAAUUUGAAUAAUAGUUCACAAUAUUUACGAAGAGAUAGUUUUUCUCAAUGA